AGUGACCAGCCGCCAAUAGGAAGCGUCUCGUCGAGAGCGGCUUGAUUUGUUGUGUUGUUGCAGUCGCGGAUGUCCGUGCGUUGAGCACAAGAGAACGCGUCGUUUUAGCGUUUCAGCGUCUUUAAAUCCACUCAGGAUGAGUCUGUCUAUAAGGGCCGAGCGCAGGAAGAGGAAGGAGCUCACGGAGGAUCAGAAACACGAAAUCAAAGAAGCCUUCGAGCUGUUUGACACCGACAAAGACAAAGAAAUCGACUACCACGAGCUGAAGGUGGCGAUGCGCGCGCUGGGCUUCGAGGUGAAGAAGGUCGACGUCCUGAAGAUCCUCAGGGACUACGACCGGGACGGGACCGGAAAGAUCUCCUUCCAGGACUUCAACGAAGUCGUGACGGACCGCAUCCUGGAGCGGGACCCCAGGGAGGAGAUCCUGAAGGCCUUCAAGCUGUUCGACGACGACGAGUCGGGGAGGAUCAGCCUGAGGAACCUGAGGCGCGUCGCCCGGGAGCUCGGGGAGGACGUCAGCGACGAGGAGCUGCGAGGGAUGAUCGACGAGUUCGACCACGACGGGGACGGAGAAAUAAACCAGGACGAGUUCCUGUCCAUCAUGACCGGAGACUCCUGACCUCUGACCCUGUGGACUCUGAGUGACGGAGGGAUCUUCACAGAAGGUCCCUCGAGGAGCAGGACGGAGUCGAUGUUCAGCCAUCUGCAACGUGAAUGUUUGACUGUUCCAUUUUGUACAAAAAUAAAAAAUGAAAAUAAAAAGUCUUUCCUUCCCA